AAUCCGGACUCUUCGCAUCACUAAUUUGUAUAAAUUAGUCCUAAGUCAUUAGUUUAACAACAAAGAAUUCUUAAAUAAAUAAAUAGGUUUGUUAACAAUUAAUAAAGAAUGUUCCAUUAAAUAAACUAUUAUUAAUGUUAUGUGGUGGAAACCAACUAGAUAAAUAAUGUAAAGCAGUCAUUUUGACUUGUUGGGUGAACCAUGGAUGCACAAAUUGCAUCAAGGGAAAAUAGGUCCUUUUUCCUUCCAAAGCUCAACUCACCACCACCUACUUCAACUACAAUAAAUGUUCAAGAGAGUGUCAAUGAUGUUGAGGGGAAGGUUAAAACUCGGUUCCUCUCUAUGUGGAACAAUAUGAAAUAUGAACUAAACUCUGUAGGUGCAAAAUUAAAGCCAUAUUUUUCAAAAGAAUCUCCUGUAUGGCUUCUAGGCAUGUGCUAUAGAAAAUUGGAAGCCUCUUCUUCGGAAUCCGCCGAAUUAGGAACUGAUGUGGCUGCCUUUCAAAAUCAAAGUGAAAUUUCUGCUAAUGAAGAGGAAGGCAUUGAAGCAUUUAAAAAAGACUUUAUAAGUAAAAUUUGGCUUACUUACAGACGAGAGUUUCAAAUUUUAAAUGGCUCUGCUUAUAGUAGCGAUUGUGGAUGGGGAUGCAUGAUUAGAAGUGGGCAAAUGAUGAUUGCUCAAGCAUUAGUCUUACAUUUUCUAGGCAGAGAAUGGCGAUAUAAUGCGGAACAAAGGGAAACAACAGUUUAUCAUAGAAAAAUUAUAAAGUGGUUUGGUGAUAAGCCUUCGAGAAACAGUCCUUUGUCUCUACAUUCAUUGGUAAGGAUCGGAGAAGGCUUGGGAAAGAAACCUGGGGACUGGUAUGGUCCAGGAUUAGUAGCCCAUUUAUUUUUACAAGCUUUUAAAGAUGCUUCGAAAGAUAACUUUGAGUUUGAUGAAAUAAGUGUUUGUGUAGCACAAAAUUGCACAGUGUAUAUCAGAGAUGUAUUUGCUGAAUGUUUGAGCCAAACAACCGACAAGUGGAAAGCUCUUAUUUUGCUGAUUCCAGUGAGGUUAGGGACUGACAGAUUUAACUCCAUAUAUGCCCUAUGUUUAACCACUUUAUUUAGUAUUAAGGAAUGCAUAGGAAUUAUUGGAGGAAGGCCGAAGCAUUCACUUUACUUUGUUGGAUACCAAGAUGAUAAACUUAUCCACUUGGAUCCCCACUACUGCCAAGAAGUUGUGGAUGUGUGGGCAGCAGACUUUCCUCUGACAAGCUUUCAUUGUAGAUCGCCCAGAAAAAUACCUAUUAGUAAAAUUGACCCUAGUUGCUGCAUUGGAUUUUACUGCCGUACCAAGGAAGACUUCCUAAACCUUAUAGACACUCUACAACCUAUUGUCCUUCCUCCAAUGAACGGCCAGCGUGCUUACCCAAUGUUUACUUUUUGUGAUGGUUACAGUUGUGACGCAGAAUAUACAAUACCUGACUACACCUCAACUGAAUAUGAUUGUAUCCAUGACGCUGCCAGUGAUAUGGAUGAUAUGGAAUCAGAAGCUUUUGAAAUUAUUUAAUGAGAGGGGGCAGCAAAUACAGGAGACCAUUUCAGAACUCAUUGCCAUUAUUUAUUUAUAUUUUUAUCGGUAUUCAUUAUUUGUACUCUAUUUACAAAGUUACUAAAGAUUUUGUCUAAUUUUACGUACUUAAUUGAAAUGAACUAUUUUCUUAAUAUUUUAUUUGAAUUUUCGUUAUUAGUUUUAGUUAUUUAUUGCAUAUAUGAUUAAACCGUAAAGUCAAAUGUAUUUAUUUAAAUAAUAAAUAAUGUUAGAUUUUU